AUCACCGCACGACACGACCACGAUGAGCGCGAAGCGAACGGCAGCAGAGGCAGAUGCAGACGCAUCGAUGAGUGUGGGUGGUGGUGGUGACAAAGGGCCUGCAAGCAGCAGUGGAAAGAAUGCAGGAGACAAGAAAGCAGAUAUGGGCGCCGCUGAUGCUGAUCCAAACGUGCUCACCAUCACCCCGUUGGGAGCUGGGCAAGAGGUCGGCCGGUCCUGUCACAUUCUGAAGUUCAAGGGAUUCACCAUCAUGUUGGAUUGUGGCAUCCACCCUGGCCUGAAAGGCAAGGCCAGCCUGCCCUUUGUGAGCCAGAUUGAGCUCAACAAGAUUGAUCUUGUUCUCAUCACUCACUUUCAUCUGGACCACUGCGGCGCACUCCCCUGGCUCCUCGAGAGGAGUACGUUCAGCGGGCGCGUGUUCAUGACGCCGGCCACAAAGGCCAUCUACCGCUGGAUUCUCGAGGAUUACGUGCGAGUCAGCAAUAUCUCCAACUUUGCAGAAAUGUAUUCACUCGAAGAUGUGGAGAAUUCACUGGCAAAGAUUGAAACAAUCUCAUACCACCAGGAAACAAACAUGGACGGCGUUCGCUUCACACCGUAUUGCGCGGGACACGUUCUCGGAGCGUGCAUGUUCGACAUUGAGAUUGCAGGCGUGCGGCUGGUGUACACGGGCGAUUUCAGCCGGGAGGAGGACCGACACCUCAUGGCUGCCGAAGUUCCGCCCAACUCACCAGACAUCCUCAUCACAGAGUCCACGUUUGGUGUCCGCCAGCACGAGUCGCGCCAGACGCGUGAGCACCGCUUCACCAAGACGAUACACGAUGUUGUUGACCGCGGUGGCCGCUGCCUCAUUCCCGUCUUUGCUCUCGGUCGCGCCCAGGAGCUCCUGCUCAUCCUCGAUGACUAUUGGCAGAACCACGACGAGCUGCACCGCGUUCCCAUCUACUACGCGUCCGCGCUCGCCCGCCGCUGCAUGGCUGUUUACAAGACGUAUGUGAAUGUCAUGAAGGAGAGCAUUCAGAAGACAAUCUCCAUCAACAACCCCUUCAACUUCCGGCACGUCUCCUACAUCAGGAAUCUCCACCAGUUUGACGGCGAAUACGGCGGCGGGCCGUGCGUGAUGCUUGCCAGUCCCGGUAUGCUGCAGAGUGGUCUCUCCCGCGAAAUCUUCGAGCGGUGGGCUUCGAACAAGGCCAACUGUGUGCUGCUCGCUGGCUACGUUGUGAAUGGCACCCUGGCAAAGGACUUGCUCAAGGCGCCCAAGAAGGUGACGAGCGAGGCCGGGCACAAGAUUGAUCGCGAGUGCGACAUUGCGUACAUCUCCUUCUCCGCACACGUCGACUACGCACAGAACAGAGAUUUCAUUCGCGCCCUCGACCCAACACACAUUGUGCUCGUGCACGGAGAGAAGCACGAGAUGGGGCGGUUCAAGAUGCAGAUCACAACAGACCUCGAGGCAGACCAGAAGACAGCCAGCGUCUUUGAUCCGCGAAACGCAGAGACCGUUCUCCUCCACUAUCGCGGAGAGAAAAUGGCAAAGGUGCUUGGGUCGCUGGCGCAGUCUGGUCCGGUGCAGGGCCGCCGCGUCUCCGGCAUCCUCGUGGCGAAGGAGUUCAACUACAUGGUUGUCGCUCCAACCGAGCUCGGCGAGUACACGGAGCUUCGCACGACGACAAUCCGCCAGCGACAGGCCGUGUCGUUCCCGUACACGCUGGAGCUUCUGCACAACAUCCUCGCGCAGGUGCACGGCGCUGCCAGCGUCGCGUACGUCGAGACGGAGAUGAACAGGAUCGGCCAUCGCCCACAGCGCACGCGCGCCCUGGAGGUGAUGGGGAGUGUGACGGCUGCAUUGGAUGCUGCGACGAAGAUGCUGGUGGUGGAAUGGUCCUCCUCUCCGGAAUCGGACAUGUGGGCCGAUGCCGUCAUGGCCGCAGUCCUGCAGAUCGAAUCCCGCCCACAGACGAUCAAGAUGGCGAGCACACAGCUCUCGGAGCAACGGGAAGCAGAUUUCAAGGCGCUACUUGCACAGAGCUUGUCGCAGCUGCUUGGCGGCCAGUUUGGGCCCGGCGCUGUGUCUCGUGAUGGCGAUGCACUCCGUGUCCGCUCAAACAACACAACCGGCACAAUCCAUCUCUCCACUUUGGAGGCGGAGAGCGAGGACGAGGAGCUUCGCCGACACCUCACCAACGCCAUCCAUCGCUUGGAGAACAUUGUUCGCCCCCACGCCCAUGCGCAGGAUGGCUGCUGCCCCAGCACUGCUUGCGGCGCUGACAGUGGUGACGAUGACGGUGACGAUGAUGAUGACGAGGACGAGGCGGGUGUGCAGGAUGGAGUUAAGGGCGGUGACGCUGGUGCUGAGACGCGUGGUGGUGGUGAUGCUGCUGCGAUCGCGUGAUUUGGAUUGUAUUGGUUUGUGUGUUUUUUGUGUGUGCGGUUGUGCAGUUGAGGCGAGCGCGUGUGGAAGCAAAGGCAACGCAGUAAAACAGUUGAACAAUACAGAAAGG